CAUUGAAGCGCGGCAGAGCACGUGGCUAGCAGCGUCCGGCGGCUCCCCCGGCUCCCCCGGCUCCUCCCGGCUCCACCGGCUCCUCCCGGCUCCUCCGGCUCCCUCCCGGCUCCACCGGCUCCCCCCGGCUCCCUCCCGGCUCCUCCCGGCCUCUCUGCCCUCGCCGCCGUCACCUCGCCAUGGACCCCAUGAAGGCGCAGCAGCUGGCGGCAGAGCUCGAGGUGGAGAUGAUGGCGGACAUGUACAACAGGAUGACGAACGCCUGCCACCGCAAGUGCGUGCCACCGCACUACAAGGAGGUGGACCUCUCCAAGGGCGAGGCCGUGUGCCUGGACCGCUGCGUCGCCAAGUACCUGGACGUGCACGAGCGGCUGGGCAAGAAGCUCACGGAACUCUCCAUGCAGGACGAGGAGACCAUGAAGCGCUUGCAGCAGGCUCCCUGAUCCGCGCCGCACGCAUCGGGGAUCCCCCCACUCCCUCCCCCGCAUUAAAAUCUGUACAUACCUAAAACGCUUAUAGGUUUGUGAUUGAAUGGUUGAGAUCGUCUUGAAUAGCGUUGCUCUUAACCCAGUGUCGACGUCUCGAUGCCUUAACACGUAAAAGGAGCCAUUUGUCCCCGUGAGAGGAUUGACAUUGUUACACAGACAGACGGUGCAGGUCGUUGAUGUCCCCUCUUCACUGUGACGAUGCCAGAGAUGGGAACUGAAUUGCUGAAAACCUCCUAUGCACAUAGCCUAAAGGUGAAGAUUGCUCGUAAUUGUUGCUCUGUAAUAUCCACAGUUCAUUGAUUUUAUAACGAGGAAUUCGUUUUCUUUGAUUAAAAGUCAUUCUUAGACUCAUGUUAAUUGUGCAUAUAAGAAUUUACUAUUUAUGAUUUUUCUCUCCACUAGAUUCAUACUAUAGAUUUCCAUAGUAUUAUCUGCGGUGCAUCGCAACAUCGGAGCAAUUGGGCAGUUAGAGAAGUAUGUUACGUUUACACGACUUCCAUUCGUUGUACCGCCGUUGAACGUUCCCAUUAUUUUCAGAAACAUUUUUUAAUACAUUACUUAAAAACAUGAGCACAUCCCCCCUUGCACCGAGCAGAUGUCCAGCUAUCCGAUAACGUGGUGAAUUGCAUGGAAGAAUCGAUUUUGUAAUUCAACAUCCUUGGUGAUGUGGCGAGUGGAUUUGCCGACGUGUUCAUUUGCACGUGAUGAUGUGGUGUUCCCAAACAGGAAGUAGUACAUGUGCAUAUACCUGUAAGCGGGUUUUUUUAAUCGUAUGCGGGAGAUCUCACGCGGCUGAUGGUGCUUUUCCGGUUCACGCUUCCCGCGGGAGGAACGAGGCAAGGGAGGUUUGCGAUGUUACAAUCGCGUUAACCAAAGUCGUCGCUCGCGACAGGAGAUGGCGUACGUACAUCGUCGACAUGUUAAGAUGAGAAAUUCCUCCGUCCCGUGAUGCCAUUCACUGCAGCGGGGUGUUAUUGUUGUUCGCACCGACUGGUGAUCAUCAGCGAUAUUUAUACUCGGUGUAGCUGUGGCUGCCUUGCAGUGUGCUCAACUCUCGCGGCGCCGUGCAAGAUGUGGGAGGGAUGGCAAAGUCGCCGAUUAAAACUGAAUUUUGGGCUCACGAUAA